ACUAAUAUAAAAGUAUGUAUUCGUAUGCCUAUUCAACAACUAUAUCAUUAAAAUUAAAGCGCGUUUUGCAAUUAGAUCAGUUAAACGAGUCCAAAAAAGUGAAAUAUAUGAGAAAAAAUGUAAUAACUUUCCAAUACAUAAAUAGCCAAGUCUACAUACAACUCAAACCAAGCCAAUUUUGCCUUUUCAUCCAUGAAUACUUAUGUAAUAUGUAGAUCAUUCAAUCUUAAGUUAUUUUACGAUUUUCCUCAAAUAAAUGGACUCGUCCAAUAGGGCAGAAAGUAGGAUUUUUUUCCUACAAUUUAGGCGAUAAUAAUUUUUUUUGUGGUAUCGCUAGAUUAUUGCUACCUAAUGAUAACUUCAAAUUGGCGUCAUGAUAGUGCUAGAGGAUUUGCGGCCAUUUUGAAGAACGCGAUCAUAUGUAAAAAAAUAAUUGAAAUAAUUUUG